GCUAUAGCUUCCUCAGUAAGAACCUUCAUUCGAGCCUGCAGACAAAAUAGAAUGCGCAAAAGUACAACCUUCAUUUCAGCCGUUUAUUAAGUGAAGACUUAAUCUUACAAUAUAGAUGCACUGUAUUCAAGUUUUUGCUUCUUUUUCUUCUUCUUCUUCAUGUUUUCCGGCGAGAAAAAACCUCCAAUUCUUCUCCGGUGCAGCUCUUCCCUUCUUCUCUUUCUAUCAGCUGCUUGCCUCAUCUUUUGGUUCCCUUCAUCUCCUGAAACUCUAAUCCAACAACAACAUGACCUCCACAUUCAACAUCAUGAUCCUCCUCAUGUUAAUCAAACUCGAAACCAGAACAACAACAACAACAACAACAAAAACGCCGACGGUCUCAUUACUCCCACCAAACCAUCCGUCACAGUUCCGACUUGCAACCAAAAACUGUCUGUCUACCUAUACACAUUGCCGAAGAAGUUCAACCUCGGACUCCUUCACAACUGCCACAACCUGAACUUUCGUACCGACAUGUGCCCCCACGUAGCAAACUCCGGACUCGGCCAGCCACUUCCGACCAUGGGCCCCACAUUAGCAACCAACAGCAGCAGCAGCUGGUUCGCCACCAACCAGUUCGCGGCGGAGAUAAUCUUCCACGCGCGUCUCCUGAACCACCCCUGCCGCACGUACGACCCCACACGUGCCACUCUCUUCUACGUACCCUACUACGGCGGCCUUCACGUUUCGAGCAAGUUCCGGGAACGGAAUCUAACCGCACGCGACGAGCUCGACGUCAGCUUAGUUGACUAUCUACAAUCCCAAUCCACGUGGCAGAAGCACAAUGGGAAGGACCAUUUUAUCACCCUGGGACGCAUCGUACGUGAUUUUACGUCGUCGUGGAUAGGAGCCGGCCGUCUCCUUAAACUCGCCGGAGUCGAAAACAUGUCGGUUCUGAUCAUCGAGAGAAACCCUUUUAAAGGCUCGAACCAACACGGCAUACCCUACCCUUCCUAUUUCCACCCGUCCACGUGGCAAGAGAUGUCCACGUGGCAGACUAAGAUGAGAGAAACUCACCGGCACCACUUGUUCUCUUUCAUCGGCGCGAAGAGAAGGAAGGCGGCGAUCCGGAACGAGUUCAUAAAGCAAUGCGGCGAGUCAACUCGGUGCAUGUUAUUGAAUUGUCGCGGGAGUAAUGAGGAAGCUAGAAAAUGCCAAGAGCCGAGUGAGGUGUUGAAGGUGAUGAGUGAGUCCGUGUUUUGUUUACAAGCCCCCGGCGACUCGUUCACGAGGCGGUCAACGUUUGACUCGGUGCUGGCCGGUUGCAUUCCCGUGUUCUUUUCGCCGCACACGGCGUACAGUCAGUACCAGUGGUAUUUGCCGGGGGAAAGGAGCAAGUAUUCUGUGUAUAUAGAUCAGAGAAGUAAAGCGAGGAAGAGAAUUGAAGAGGUGCUGUUGAAGAUUCCGAGCGAGAAGGUUAGGAUGAUGCGAGAGAAGAUUAUAGGUUUGAUCCCGAGUUUGACUUAUGCUAACCCGAAUGCGAGUGAUUUUGGGUUUGAAGAUGCUGUUGAUGUUGCGCUUGCAUCAUUGGCCGAGCAAGUAAAGAAAUUUGUUGAUUGAUUUUGAUGUUGGGGAGGUGUUAACUGGGAUUUUUUUAUGAUUUGUAUUUUGAAGGCAACUUUUACGUUAAUUGAUUUGUUAAAAGGGCCGGUAAACAGUAUUGGUUGCCAGAAUUUUGAAUGUAUAUUUAUAUGAUCUGGACAUACAGUAUAUCGUUCUUAUUAAAUAGUGGUGCCAAUUUCUCUUCAAGUGAUGUAUCUAAAACUCCAUUGAACUCUCAGUUGACAUAUAUUGCUUGUUGACGUUAUCAUCUAUUCCUUUCGAUCUCAAGAGGAAAUCAGGGAGGCUUUUUCUUUUUCUUUUUUUCAAAAGGAGGCAUCAAUAUAUAAUUAAGAAGAGGAACUCGUUCAUGGUGGUUGACAGAACCCUUAUCCAUGGAAGCUCUAUCUCACAACCACCAUCAACGUCUUUACAAAUUUGCAGUCGCAACCACCAUGAACCACCAUCAACGUCUUGAAACCACCUAAUAAGGAGGCUCACUGUUGCAGUCGCAACCACUAUUAGCUUGUAUCUGACACAACUCUAAUCCGCGGAAGCUCUGUCUCACAAGCACCAUCAUUCCAUCAACGUCUUUACAAAUCACCUGAGGAGGCUUAUUCUUUAAUUUGC